AGAGACGCGCCAACGUUCAAAGCACGUGUUGGUUGUAAUCAGUGCGAGGAUUGUCGAAUGCCCGACUGUCAAAUAUGCCUCGUUUGUCUAGAUAAAAGAUUUUUCGAUAAUCGCUACAUGACUGGUGCAAUGUGCGCGAAGAAGCGUUGCAAUAAUGCAACGAGCAUCGAACUGCCCGCAGCACAGAACGCCGACCUACGAUUGGUACCAAUUUUUCGUUUUCCAGAACAGACGAUUUAUGUGCGCCUUGCUCCUUCUUUUGACUAG